GGGAAGGACGUGCAAAAGAUGACCACUCCUCAGCAACAGAGAGAAAUUUUUUUAAGAAUUUUACAAGAACCGGAGAAAGAAAGGCACUUCAUGUUCAUUGGGAUAAGGCUCGCCGAUAACUACACCUUCGAGACGACCGCGACAGGUUGUAUCCCAAGGAAAUGUAGUAAGUAAGCGUGGCGAAGCCAGUUAUGGGUUGCGCGAAUCGAAAGGCCGAGAAGCACUACGCUUAUGAUGGGGUCCACCCCCCGGGCGUGGGUAGGAGCAAAGCCGAUGCGAGGAAGGAUGAUCCGGCCGACCAAAAAACUCAGUGGGCUCGCAUUAGGGAAAGGGCGGCGGCCCGGACGAACUUGGAGGAAACGCAUAAGAAUGAAACACCGGGCGGCUCUGGAAGCGCCACAAAGGGAGCACGCGCUGCGGCAGCAGCCAGCCGUGAAACUCUCUACAGACUCCCGAGCUGUCCGCGUGCAGAGGACAUUUUGACUCACGUGUGUUGGGUGGAUGGCGAUUCGUUCGUAACCGCCGGCAUCAACGGGGGCUGCUACCUGUACAACUUGGAGACCAGAAAGGAACGGAAUUUCCAGGCUGCUAUAAACAGAGCCUGCACAAAAGUGUACCCCUUAUCAUGUCCCGACGCGGGAGGGGCGAGAACCGUCGGCCCGGACUCGUCGGGCAGCGACGUGGACCGGCUUCUAACAUGUGGCGCAGACGGAUGUGUGAAGCUCUGGGAUUUAGGAAAGCUUCGGCCCACCACAUUGACACAGCACCGGAUGACAGUCAAUGAUGCUGCCGUAAGAGGCCGCGGCGGGGGGCAGAAUUGGAAGGUGCUCUCGGGAAGCCGCGAUGCUGUUCUGAAUCUGUCGGACGUUGCGACGCAACAGGUGCUCCACACCAAAAAGGUCCUACGCAACGUCAUCACGCGGGUGCUGUACGUGCCGGAGCAGGAUGUGUUCGUGCAGCUCUCCGAAGAUCUUCAGCUUCGCGUUUGGAGUCCUGCGCUAGAGCUGUUGCACAGUGUGCACGCGGGACCCAACCAGUUUGUGUCUGGCGCGGCCGUUGGCGCGGAAGUAGUCUGCGGAUCAAAGGGCUUUUCGUCAGAGACCGUCGAGCUCCUAGUUUUUGAUCUGCGAACCAUGAGCAUCAGGAAGCGAGUUGCGGGCGUCGCGACGCAGAAUGUGGAUUGCGUAGACGUGGUGAGAGGUGGUUCAACAGCGGAGGAUGUGGGAGCCGCUCCGGCCUACCAAAUUGUAGCAGGAUCCAAAGAUGGUACGGUACUAUUAAUUAGGCACGGACCGUAAUACACCGAAUGAUUUAGAUGAAAAAUAAAAUUGUGACGAAUCAUGUUGCUCAUUACUGUGGCUUUUCCCCCACUUUGCUAUUGCUCUAGUUCAUUUAGAGGCACUCGGUCUCCAUAGACGGCGUCUGCCGGAAUAAAGCAAUGCCAGAAUAUGAAAAAACAAAAAAACAGGUACUCUAAAGGUGUUUGACGAUAAUCUGAAGUGCGUCAGCACCCUGCGAAUAGACCAACCUUCGCCGAUAACGUCGUGCUCCGUACGUGGAGGGCUUUGUUUGGCAACGAGCUUCGGCCCCAGAAUAUCUUGCUACGAUUUAAAAAACAGUGUCGCAGUCGCCGAAUCUCCGAUUUUGGCAUGAACCGGAAAGGAAUGCAAUCUCUGGGCGCAGAUAAGACAACUUUAAAGCGCAAUUGGUGAGGCGCGCUUUGGCGUGCGCGGAGCCGCAACACGCAAAUGCUGCCUGCCUUUCGGUUGAGAAAAUAAAGAGGACUAGAAUGCUGAAUCAAUGAUCACAUCGUGCGUUAGAAAGCUCUAUUUUCUUGGUACUUCAACCUCAGAGGAUCUAUUUAAAUUUCGAUGUCUAGUAAAUGUUGACUCAGAUCGGUACAGAUGCCAAAUGAACACAGUGCUAAAGUAGCAGAUCUGAGAAAAC